AAAAUUUCCCCCCUAUUGAUUCAUCAAAGAAGAAACACCUUGGGUGAGUGCGCAUUACGCACCUAGGCAUAGACAUACUAAAACCCGUUCAAAUUGGAUUAUCCCCGGACCACCACCAUACUCCCCGUGUCAACCAUUUUCAGACAAAAAGCCCCUAAGUCUUCCCCAAACCCCUUCUCUUCUCCACUUCCCCCAACAAAAAUGGCGGACAAGAAACCAGAGCCGGCGACCAAAAACCCUAAGAAGGCCAAUCUCCUGGAUCACCACUCCAUCAAACAUAUCCUCGACGAGACCGUCUCCGAGAUCGUAUCUAGCCGUGGAUAUGUAGAAGACGUGAGGCUGAGCAAUGUUCGAUUGUUGCUCGGAACUGUCAUCAUCGUCAUUGCUCUCUUCGCUCAGUUUUACAAGAAGAAGUUCCCCGAGAAUCGCGAUUUCCUCAUCUCUUGCAUCGUAUUGUAUAUAGUCUUCAAUGGGUUGUUGCAGCUGAUCAUAUACACAAAGGAGAAGAAUGCAAUCCUCUUUACCUACCCUCCUGCGGGAUCCUUCACAAGCACUGGAUUGGAGGUCUCUUCCAAGUUGCCAAGAUUCUCUGAUAUAUACACGCUUACAAUAGCGAGUGCGGAUCCCAAAUCCAUUUCUGCCAAUCCACCAGUAGAGUUGACAAAGAGUGUUACUAAGUGGUUCACCAAGGAUGGAGUUUUGGUGGAGGGCAUUUUCUGGAAAGAUGUUGAAGCAUUGGUUGAUGAAUAUUCGAAAGAACCAAAAAAGAGAAAAUGAUUCAAGCUUCAAACCUCAUUUGGUAGGGCAACAGCAACACUAGUUGGGCAGGAAGAGCCAUAGUUAUACUUUCGUGUAAUCAUAGAUUUUAUGCGGAGUGAUAUGCUUCUUUACAUUGAUAAUUUUAAAACCAAACCCUUUGUCGAAGUUUCUUCCAAUUUUAGAAGGCAAGUUAUGGCAUGAUUUUUAGCCAUGUCUCUCCGUUACUGAAAUUGAGAAAGUUGGAUUUUUCCUUUUAGAGAAUCCUAUGAUACGAUCGGUUGCGCGGUCUAAACAGUCAGAUCUAUGUCAAAUUCUCUUAAAAUUUGCAUUUCUGUUUAUAUUUUCAUAUGAUUAAAAAUGUGAUUAACGAUCGAGUGCGUGCAGUAUAUGUAAUUUAACUCCAUCUUUGUUUGAUA